CUUUUGAAAGAUAAGCCUUUCUUUGGCAAUAGACUGGAAACCACCUAGAGCCCAUAUAGAAGAGGAAGCAGCCCCACCCACUAUGAUAUUGUCAGGGCUGAGGUCACCUGCCUUGAGCCCCAUUCAUUCUUUUCAGACCUGCUGCACACUAGACCCUGAUGAAGCAACCAGGACACAUACCACUUGAAGACAAGUGGUCUUCACAUUCUCUCUGUGGGUUUAUUUUUUUCAUUACCACCUUACUUUCUUAUAAUCAAGUGAAAGAAUUCUGCAUGUAUAUCCCAGCUAGCUUUUACCUGCUGAGCCAUCUCACCAGCCCUAUUAGUUGUUUUAUUUUUGGGCUUUGGGGGGGUUAUGGUGGUGAGCUUUUAUUACAUCAUAACUUUAAAUUCCUGAGAUGACUCCAAGUAUAUUUAAUCCCACAGUCCCUGUCAUUAUCUGUGAUUAACAGGCCAUGCUAUGAGCAAUUGUAACCAUUUCACAUCGAAAUUUAUCUUUCCGUGUCUUUUUAUGGGUUUCAUAUAAGAGUGUCACUGAACUGAUUGAUUUUUAUCAUAUGCUAUAUGAUAAGCACCUUCUGUAAGCUACAUCAUUAAACAUUCACAAGAGACAAGCAAGUUUAACAUCAGUGCCCUCAACUUGAAAAACAGGUACUUUUAUAAAAUUUGAUGUUGUAAUUAAAAACACACAAAAGAAAAGCCCACGACCAGACACUUUCAUGGCUAACUUCUACUAAACACACAAAAAUACCAAAACCUUCUUAUGCUCUUCCAAAAUUAUUUUUUUGAGGUUGAUAUCAUGCUAGCACUACAGUAAGUCACAGGCAGCAAAAGAAAGGGAAAAUGUAGACCAGUAUCACUGAUAAACAUAUACAUAAAACUUUUCAAUAAAAUACUAGCAAGCAAAAUUCAGAAGUACAUCAAAAUUAUACAUCAUAACCAAGUGAUAUUUACAUCAUGUAAAAUAAAGUCAGUUUAACAUACCCAAAUCUAACAAAGGAAAAUUGUCAAAGAAAAGGCAUUUGACAAAGUUCAACACCCCUGUGCCCCCAGGAGAGCUGUCUCCCCUAUCUGUUUCAAAAGUAUAGAGCUCUUACAAAUAAAUUUUAUGUUAAGCAUAUGCUAUAAUGGCAACAAUUAGGAUAUGCUGGGUUGUUUUUACAAUCAAUCUGACCUUUUUCUUUACAUUUCUUAACUUGAAUAAUAGAAAAUGUUAAUUACAUUUGUGCUUGGUGGUUUCUUGUAUUUGAUAUUGCUGUCUUAAAGAACGCUUCCCAUUCCAAAGCUCAGGCUGUCGCCUCAGGAGACCAGUCUAGAAAAGUUACGGAAGUUUAAAAAAAUUAUUCCUCUGCUUUUGUGAAUCACAUAUACACAUACAGUAUAAUUCCUACAAGGAUACGACCUUACAAAAAAGUUAAAUGCACUUGUCCCCUUAGGUGGCUAGGUUCUCCCACAGAAGCCUUGCCCUGAAAGAGCCGCAGCCAAGGAAUUUAACAUUCAGGCCUCACAGGACGGUGCUAUCUGCUGUCACUCAGAACUUGAAGGGGUGGCACUUGAAGGUUUCCGUAUUAGGAGGGUUGAGACGCUAUCCAAUCGGGCACGGAGUUAGAGCCAAGGGUUGGUUGGGCCUUCAUACUCUCGCGGCACUUCGUCUCCGAACCAGAAGUACUAGGAUCUGCUCCACGUUACGGGAGGCCGCAGUGUCGGUAGUGCAGCUACUGUCACUGUGACCUGCAGGUGUUGGAGCUGCAAGUGCAGGACGCGGACACCCGGAAGCCAGGGCAUGGUAAGCGAGCGGUAUCCUGAGACUGCGUUGGGAGCGCAUUUAUGGUGGACUCCGAAGUCUGCAGGAUAUGUUGACAUUUGGGGACGUAGCCAUUGAUUUCUCUCCAGAGGAGUGGGAAUACCUGAACCCUGCUCAGCAGAAUUUAUAUUGGGAUGUGAUGAUAGAGAACUACAGAAACUUUGUCUCUUUGGCCAUGUCUCCUCACUAUACCCAAGGCUUUUCACCAGAACAGAACAUAAAAUAUUCAUUCCAAAAAGUGAUCAGUGGAAAACCUGGAAACUGUGGCCUUGACAGUUUACACUUAAGGGAAGAAUGGGAAAGUGUGGGUGAAAAUGAAAGUCAAAAAGCCUGUCAUGAUGGACAUAACCAAUGUGUGAUCACUAAUAAUAAUGAAAAUGUCACUGCCAGUAGAGAUCAAGAACAGAAAACAUCUGAGAAAACUUAUGUCAGGCCAGUUCAGUUUGAUAGGCCGUAUGUUUACAGAAGUCAAUAUCCACAGCAGUUUUUGAAACAUACCUUCCCUAUAAAAGGGAAUUUGGGAAAUCUGAAAACAGACCCAGUCCAUGCUUCAUUUAAUAAUUUGAACAAUUUCAAAUGUGCCACUGGGAUAAUCUUUCACUCAAACGUUUCUAUAGACAAGAGAUUUAAAAACAAAGAACAAAAGUCUACAUGUGAUCAAUUAACAAGUUCUCUUAAGAAGAGCUUGUUAGUCUGCAGUCAAUACACAGGUCUUUCCUGUGCCCAGAUAAACAGCUGUAAUAAAUGUGGGAUAUUUGGUAUGCAUCCAUUAUUAUUUGAUCAAAAUCCAGAUAUAAAUACUUGGAAAAUCCAAUAUGCAUGUAAAGAAAGUAGGAAUACCUUUAUUAAAGGAUCUACCUCAAAUAAUUUCAGGAAUAUUUAUAUUGGAGAAAAUACUUAUCAGUGUAACAAAACUCAUAACAAUCUUGACAAUGAUUCAAAUCAUAGUAAACAUCAGUAUACUAAUUUUCCAAAGAACCUCUGCAAAUAUGAAAUCUUUCAUCAACAAUUAAAAAUUACUGCUCAUCAAUGGACCCAUUCUCAGAAUAAGCCUUGCAAGAAUGUAGGUUGUGACACAGCCGUAUUUACUCAAAACUCAAACCCUCUUAAACAUAGAGUUCAUCAUGGAGAGAAACCCUACAAAUGCAAUGAAUGUGGCAAAGUCUUUAACUACUGUUCAGCCUUUACCAGGCACCAGAGAAUUCACACAGGAGAGAAACCCUACAGAUGUAAAGAAUGUGGCAAAGCCUUUAGCCGUGGAUCAACCCUUAUUGAACAUCAGAGAAUUCAUGCUGGAGGGAAGCCAUAUAGAUGUAAAGAAUGUGCUAAGUCCUUUACCUACUGGACAAGCCUUAGACAACAUCACAGAAUUCACACAGGAGAGAAACCCUACAGAUGUAAAGAAUGUGACAAAGCCUUUGACUAUUGUUCAACCUUUACUAGACACCAGAGAAUUCAUACAGGAGAGAAACCCUACAGAUGCAAAGAAUGUGACAAAGCCUUUAACCAUUUUUCACACUUUACUCAACACCAGAGAGUUCAUACUGGAGAAAAACCCUACAAAUGUAAAGAAUGUGACAAAGCCUUUACCCACUGGUCAGGCCUUAAACAACAUCACAGAAUUCAUAGUGGCGAGAAGCCCUACAGAUGUGAAGAAUGUGGGAAGACCUUUAACCAUUGUUCAAGCCUUAGAAAACACCAGAGAACUCACACAGGAGAAAAACCCUACAAAUGUGAAGAAUGUGGCAAGGCCUUUAAAUAUUGUUCAUCCUUUAAUAAGCACCAGAGAAGUCAUACAGAAGUCAAACCCUACAAAUGUAGAGAAUGUUGCAAAGCCUUUAAUGACAGUUCACAGCUUGCUCAACACUUGAAAGUUCAUACUGGAGAAAAACCCUACAAAUGUAAUGAAUGUGGCAAAGCCUUUAGACAUUGCUCGACCUUUACAAGUCACCAGAGAAUUCAUACUGGAGAGAAACCCUACAAGUGUAACAAAUGUGAUAAAGCCUUUAAGUAUUAUUCAUCCUUUACUAAACACCACAAAAUUCACACAGGAGAAAAACCAUACAAAUGUGAACAAUGUAGUAAAGCUUUUAGCCAUUGCUCACUUCUUACUCAACACCAAAGAAUUCAUACUGGAGAGAAACCCUACAAAUGUGAAAAAUGUGGCAAAGCCUUUAGGCAUUGUUCAUCAUUUACUAGACACCAGAGAAUUCACACUGGAGAGAAACCCUACAAAUGUAAAGAAUGUGAAAAGUCCUUUAGCCAGUGUUCAAUCCUUAGAAAACAUUACAGAAUUCACACUGGAGGAAAAUCCUAUAAAUGUUAGGAAUGUUGCAAAAGCUUUAACCAGUGCUCAAAUUUUACAAAACAUUACAAAAUUUAUACUGCAAAGAAACCCUGCAAAUGUUAGGAAUGUGCCAAAACCUUUUAAUAAAAGUGAAAACCUUUUUGACAUCAGGAAAUUCAUACUGGAGAGAAACAUUGUAGAUACAGUAACUGUUAAAAGACCUUUGUCUUAAAUGUAUGCAUGAGAGAAUAGCAAAAUAUAAUUACAGGAGAAAAACUCUUUGCAGAUGUAAGGAGUGUAGAAAGCCUUUCAUGAGACUUUAAACCUAAAAUAUUUGCUCUUGGAAUAUAGAAAAUAGGGAAAUGAGGUUUUGGUUUUGUUGGGUUUUGUUUUUUGUUUUUUUUAACAGGACUAGCUAUAGCCUCACCUGCUAGAUAAGCACUCUACCUUUGACCUACAUCCCUAGCCCAGCAAGACUCAUUGCUUAAAAUUUGCUAGAUAUCAUUAGUUUAUAUAGAAAUGAGUCCUCAUGGACAUCAGAGGAUUGUGCAGACAGUUCCCUUCCAAAAAUGGUAUCAUUUCAUUACAUAUCUGAAGUUUCUCAAUAGCCUUGGUUUUAGACACCAGAGAAAACACCACAUUCACAUAGAUCAUUAUAUCUAAGGAACAAAACUUACUCCCAAGAAUUUGUAAUCUGUAUUAUUACAGAAACCAAACAGAGGAUUUUGAAAUGCUUUAUUCAGAUUAUGUACAUUUUCAUUAAGUAAAAGUGAAUAUUCCUAAUGAGCUGUUGCUGUUGUGUUUUGAGUGAAUUGUCACACUAAACCUUUCCAUCAUUACUCAAGGUUCUAUGUAAUAGAUAUUUGUGAUACACAUAGACAAGUAGUGGAAUGUCCUGUCUAGUAACUGUUUUCCCAAUGUUAUACUUUUAAAUAUUUGGAGACAA